AUGGAUUAUAACAGCAGCGCAUUGAAAAGCACAAAAUCCGAUCACUAUCCCCGAACCCGGAUAUUCGCGGGCAAUAACUUGCGUUCGGGUGGCGGACAGACCGUAUGGGUGGACACCGUUCACAGAGAGCCCCGGUAUCUGAAGGGAAUUCGUCGACACGAUAUCGCACUCUAUAAACUCAAUCGACAAAUCAAUUUUACGGAUACUUACAAUUUGUUUCAAUAUAAGGCCCAAACAAUCUGUUUGCCCGCAUCCCAACCCAUUGUGGGUAAUGCCAAGGUGUCGGCCGUUAUGUUUGGUUGGGGUUUAAUGUACUCAAAGCCAGGGGAGGAGCGAGAGUCUAAUGUUUUACAACGCGGGGAAUUUGUCGUCCAAAAGUGCGGUAAUUUGUAUUGCAGUAAAUAUAAUAGGAAACAACAGACCGCUCGUGGCUGUAAGGGUGACUCCGGCGGCGGUUUAGUCCAGUAUAUCGACAAAGAGAGGACGAGAGCCGUAUUGAUAGGAAUUAACGCAUAUCUUAAGGGCUCAAAUGAAUGUGACACUAAUUUAACACAAGCCCAAUGGGUUCCCGUUAUUGAUUAUAUUCAAUGGAUUCGCGAUACUAUUGCCAAUAAUUAA